AUGUCGGAUCCUUACCAAUUUUCUUUCAAGCCUAUCAAGAAAUACUCAACAGUCAAUUUUUACUCUCCUCUUUCUGCCGAGGCUGAGGGUCAACGUCAAAACCCCAACGCUCAAUAUCAACAGCCAGCUCAAGUCUAUUCUGAUCAAUCACGCAACGUUCCAAUGUAUUCGUUUGCUGCAUCUACACCGACUCACCCUUCUCAACAAUACCAAACCCAACCGUCUUUCCAAUCGCUUAGUGUAACACAACAAAUGACUACAUCUUUCCCACAACAAGAUCAAUUAAAACAAUAUAAAGAAUACGAAUCUCCCUUCGAUAGAACAUGUGAAGUUAAUGGAAUGACCCAACAAAACACUUUAAACCAAACUUCGGUCCAAAAUGAAAUUUCAUUGGACGGUUUAGACACACAAGAUCCUCAACAUAUUAAUCCCCUCGAAUUCUUUCAAAGAAAUUUCACGAGCUUCGACCCUAUCUCAUUCUCAAUCACAGACUCUUUCUUGGCUAUUUGUAACACUCAACAAGACGAAACUGAUGCUAAACGACUGAGUUACACAACGGCACUGACUAAAGUGACGAGAUACACAGUAAGUCCUUUAGACUAUAAAUACACCCCAUCGUACGUCCUUUCCCCGGACGAUAUUUAUCUCCGCGUGAUGGUGGACUACGCUCAGAAUUUGAGAAUUAAAUACCCAUUUCCUCUCAGGCGCGCGCCUCUAUUAAAUAAGUUAGCGUAUAUGGCAGUUAUUAAUAAAUUACUUUCUACAUACAACGACGCGAUGCGUAACAGUUCAUUAAUCGCAAAAUUCUCAUUCCACGACGUUUCUUUCAAACCAAUAACGCCAGAAGCUCGAACGACUGGUCCAAAUGAAGUCACUUUGAUCUUUAAGAGUGACUUAACUGUAAACAAACUCUUUGAACUGUUAGGUGUGACGAGUACUGAUGCUGUCUUAGCCAUAGAAGACACCACGGCGAUCUUCUGUCGAAAAGAUAUAGUCAUUCAAAGUCAAUAUAUUUACGAUUGUGUGACACAUAAUACUCUCCCUACUUUUGCGGUCAAAAAGUAUUCGAAAAUGUUUUACCCACCAAAGCAAAGUUUGAAGAAAGAGAUCGUGCAGUACUCGUUCCAAGAGAUGCCAACGUCGAUGACAAUCACUUCGUAUUUCUCCUUUGAUUUCAAUCAGUUUUAUUAUACUCAAAGUGAUGUCGGGGAUAUUUGUGUUCGCGCAGUGCUGCGGUGUGGUGAGCAGAUUUUAAGUCCGAUCUUCAGUGAGACGUCGACGCGGAAUUUCAGUCGGGUCUCUGCGUUCUCUCCGAGUGAUAGUGAGUAUGUGUAUGUGGUCAACUUAGGGAUAUCGAUCCCCACACAAAUUCAAAUCAGAGAACUUCCUCUUGAUACUCAAAUAGUCAUCCAUGUCAUCUCUUCCAAGAAUGAAACAAGCUUAGGUUGUGCCAAUUUCAAUUUAUAUGAUCAGUGGGGAGUGUUUAAAACAGGGAGACAUGUGUUACGAUUAGAGUCCGGGAAGAUCCCCGCAGGUACAGUGAUGACACAUGGUCCUUUGUUAUUCAUCGAUGUGAAAAACAUUAGAUGCGCGUAUCAUAUCGACGGUAUUCCAGACGAAAAAUUGAUGACUACAACUCGCACAAUCGAGCCAUGCACGGUCGCGACAAAUCGAAUUCAGUUUGAGGAAUCCGCACAAGUCGAUGACCUAGCGAGUAUAUCGAAGAUCAAUCGCGUCGUCAAGAAGACACUUCUAAUCGGUGAGACAGAUGUCUUCGAGAUCCUCCGGUCCCCUAUUUAUAUCACAAAAAGUGCACCACCAAAGAUGUCGGAGAUCCUCGUCAAAGAGAUGGAAAACAUCCCCGCCGAGUUUUUGUUACAUGUCGCCCAUGCGAUUCAUUGGAGUGAUCGGAAAGAGGUUGGGAGGUUCAUCACGUACAUGUGGACAUUAGAUCUCAAAAUGACGGAUGCGGUGAUCAUGUUAAGUUACAGAUGUCCAUAUCGAGCAGUUCGCGAGUUUUGUGCUUCUAUUAUAAUGAAGCAGAGUGACGAGGUCUUAGCUUUUUAUGCAGUACAUUUGAGUGAAGCGUUACGAUUUGAAGAAGGGUUGACUGCAUUAACAGAUGUGUUAUUGAAGCGAUGUGUGAGGUCACCAGCAACAGUAGGGUAUUGGGUCCUCCGAGCCAUAUGUGGGGAUUGUGACAUGACGUGUCGACACAUUCAACAUGCAAGAUUUAUAGAAGCUUUAUUAAGUGCAGAUCCUGUCUUUGCGGAGUAUAUCAGUCAAGAGGAAGUCCUCUUCUGUAAUCUUCAAAGUGUCAACGCGACUUUAAUUCGAAUGGGGAGUGACAAUAGGAAGACUCUUGGUGUUGCUGUCCUUCAAAAGAUAUGCAAGACAUGCCCUGUCCCAUUUUUCCCUGGUACAAAAGGGAUGUUAGAGAGUAGUAAGAUGAAGGUGUUUACGUCGAAUGCGUCACCUAUAAUGGUCGACUUAAAUGGGAAGAAAAUGAUUUUCAAACUUGGCGAUGAUUUGCGCCAAGACUGUUUGAUUCUGCGUGCAUUCCAAUUGUUUGAUGACAUCUGGAAGAAUGAAGGAAAGGAUUAUCGGAUGAGUCCAUUCCGAGUGAUUUCCUCUGGGAAUUUAAGUGGGUUAAUUGAGUUUGUUAAAGACUCUCGAAGUCUUGGAGCGAUCCACAAUGAAAGUAAGAUCCCCGGUGUCUUCAAAGUGACGAGUAUAAGUGAUUGGAUACGAGAGAAUCAUAGUGCUCCAAUAGAGCAAUGUGUAGAUAAUUGGUAUUGGUCAUUAGUAGGGUAUUGCGUCGCUUCUUAUGUUCUGGGUUUAGCAGAUCGGCACAACGACAACAUUUUAGUGGACAAGUCGGGGCACUUUUUACACAUCGACUUUGCUCACUUCUUAGGAAACAAAUUGAAGGUGGCGGGGGUGAUUAAUAGAGAGCCCGCUCCUUUUGUCCUUACUCGAAGUAUGUUGUUUGUAUUUGCUGGAGAAUCCGGAACUGCAUUUUACGAUCAAAAGUACUCGGAAUUUUGUGACGACUGUGUGAAAGCGUAUUCCAUCUUGCGCAACAAAGCGAGUCUUAUUGUCUCCUUCUUCACUAAUAUGAUCACCAGUAAACUGUCGCAGUUAAGUGAACUGAAAGACGCGGAGUACUUAUAUGAGUCGUUGCAGAUAGGGAAGGAAGAUAGCAUAGCGAAUGGGUUCUUUGUCUCAUUAAUCAACGAGAGUUUAAAUUCGGAAGAAACGAACGUGAACUUCUUCAUUCAUUCUCUUGUGCAAAAGUCGAAGAAAUAG